AUGUUCGCUACCUCUCUUCGGUCAGUCUGCCGUAACGGGCCCAGGGCCGCGCGCGGCUUCAGCUCAACUGCAGCCACAAGCGCGGCCGAGGUAAAGUCAUUGGGUGUGGUCGGGGCCGGUCAAAUGGGCCUGGGCAUCGCGCUUGUCGCAGCAAGAAAGGCUGGGGUUCCAGUAACGUUGGUUGACAGCUCUCAAGCUUCUCUGGACAAAGGUCUCAAGUUUGCGGAUAAACUUCUUGAAAAGGACGUUGCCAAGGAACGCAUUACCCGAGAAGAUGCCGAUGCGGCCCGCGGGCUUAUAAUUCCAACCCUGAAGAUGGACGAUCUAUCUUCGGUGGACUUUGUUAUUGAAGCCGUUCCCGAGAUUCCCGACCUCAAGCAGUCCAUCUUCUCCAAGCUCGCUCAAAUUGCUCCUAAGCAUGCUAUCUUGGCUACUAAUACUUCGUCAAUCUCCAUCACCAAGAUCGCGGCGGCUACCACCACGGAUCCGACAGACCUUCAAGCUUCGUCGCGGGUGAUAUCGACCCACUUCAUGAACCCAGUCCCAAUUCAGAAGGGUGUUGAGAUUAUCCGAGCUUUGCAGACUUCGCAGGAGACAAUGGACACCGCCAUCGCUUUUGUGCAGCGCAUGGGCAAGGUGGCUUCGGUCUCUGCCGACUCUCCAGGCUUCCUGGCCAAUCGCAUUCUCAUGCCAUAUAUUAAUGAAGCUGUCAUCUGUUUGGAGACCGGCGUGGGUGGCCGUGAGGAUAUUGACAACAUCAUGAAGACCGGAACGAAUGUUCCCAUGGGUCCACUAACAUUGGCCGAUUUCAUCGGUCUGGAUACAUGUUUGGCAAUCAUGAACGUCUUGCACCAAGAAUCUGGCGAUAGCAAGUACCGUCCUGCAGGUCUUCUCCGUCGGAUGGUUGAUGCUGGCUGGCUGGGCAAGAAGUCUGGAAAGGGUUUCUAUGAGUACUAA